GAAAUAUAAUCAAAUUAAAGUAAUCAAAAUAUGAAAGAAAUCGUGCUGAGCAUCAUUGUAGCCUUCUCACUCACCACCCAUCUUGCCAUGGCAGUGCCCUCCAACUAUGGAUAUGGAGGGGAAUAUGGAGGCGUCCCCAGAGCCACACAUCUUGUGGGUCGAGAUGGAUUGUGUUUAGAGAUGUCUCCAUGGUUUUAUAGAGGUAAUAAUUUUCCAACUCGAUUAUCACCAUGUGACGAACACAAGAAACAAACUCAGUUAUGGACGGUUGUCGGAGAUGGCACAAUUCGACCCAUGAAUGAUAAAUUUUGCUUGGUUGCUGACGUUUUAGUUGGGCUCAUAAAUAAAGCAGUAGUAAGAGAGUGUGCUAAAGAGCCAAAUUCUAACAAAAGAUGGACCCACAAGAAGGACGGAACCAUAACCCACGUAGAGUCGGGAAUGGUUUUGACAGGAGAUUCAGAUUACGUGACAUUGCAAAGUAACAAAAAUACACCAUCACAAAGCUGGGAAGCCACGGAAAGUUCGACCCCAAUGAUUGCAAACAUCGAAUGGCUUAACAAUUUGUGCUUACAAUCUACAGACGAUUCGAAUCAUGUAGGAUUGAAUGGAUGUAAUAGAGAAAAUAAGGACCAAAGAUGGGCGCUGUAUGGAGAUGGAACCAUUCGACAAAAUGUGAAUAGAAACUAUUGCUUGACUUCUGACGAAUAUUUGGGUCGCUUUAUAGUUAUGUCUAAAUGUGAAGAUAAACCGCAACAACGUUGGAAUCUUGGUGCUAAAGACAGUACUAUUGACCAUCCCAACUCUGACAUGGUCAUGGAUGUGCUUUUUGUGCCCUACUACGAUUUUUCAUCAGCAGUUGUUACGAACCGUCGUGAUGGAAGUGCUAGCCAACGAUGGACUAUCAACUAAAAUGAAUCAUAUAAAUAAGCUAAGGGAGAUGUGAAUCCACACAAACUCAUGCAUGCAAAUGCCUUUCUACUUCUUAACUCUCUUACUAAUGUUUAAUCUAUGAACACCAAUAAAUAAGAUAAGUGUGGAUUUAUGUGUUUAA